UUUUGCAACCUCACCCAACCCCUAAGAAAGACGGCAACCGCUGUCUCUCCUGCGAACUUGCCCCUUUCCGCGCCGCGCUACUACCAUCCGUCAGACGGUGCCAUUCUUGACUCAGACGUCAGCCUGCCUUGAAUCGUCUCAUCCCUUUCCGGACCGAACAUCGCAAUCAUGGCUACCUUUACGAACUCCAGGCCAGUAUCCAACAUUGCUGUUGCCUUUGCGACACACGCCGCAUCAUCUUCCUCCACCUCCAACAUGCCCGACGCUCACCACAUGCCUUGCGACGCUGCCAUCGCGCAGCCAGCGGCUCUGCUCACUCCCCCGAGCUCGAUAUCCCCGACGUUACCCGCACACAAACACAGGCCUGGAAUGGCCAUGACCGGAGUGCCUCGAGCCCCGUCUCACGUCGACUCGGACAUCGACCUGCAGGAUGCUGUCGAGCAUGCCAAAGCGCAAGACCUCCCUUCGUCUGCCCUCUCUCGAGAGGCGCUGGCCGGUUUGGAAGCCGCAGGUCAGAUCACGGCCGCCAUGCUUGCCAAACACCAUCUCCCCAAGAUCUUCAUGGGCCACGGUUCCAUGCCAGUGCGCGACAUCAUGUCCCACCUGGCGCAGUCCGUCCCCGGCUACUCUAGGAUACCACCAGCAAAGGCCCGUAGGCUGGUCGUCGCCGCGCUGGAACAUCGCGCAGGCGGAGGACUCCACGGCGAGGUGGUAUUCGAAAAGGUCGGCUGGGGCCGCUGGCACGUCAAGGGCCAACACAGCCAGUCUGGUCAGGGAAUGCCCAUCAAAGGUCACGGCGCAUCUCGCCCCGGCCUCACACCCCCAGCCAGCGUCGACAGCAACGGAGGCCUCGCCAUCUCCAAGCUGCGCAAUGGCAACAACGGCUUCUCCGGAUCCUGGGCGGCUGCUUCGAUGCAGGACGACCAGGACGAGGAGAUGGCCGAUCGCAUGUCCCUCGACGGCUCGGAAGAUAGCGAGUCGGAGACGUCCGAAAUGGAUCUGGAACACGACCUGUUGGACGACGAUACGGACGAAGAGGACUGGUCUGCCAUCGGACCAGAUGCCCUUCGUGCCAGCUUCCGUGGCCAGCGCACUCAGUCGCGCGACUACAACCACCUCUCCCGGAUGACGAGCGCCCGCAUGCGCACGACGUCGGGACAGUCACUGUCAUUUUCUCCCGCCGGACGCAGCACCCCGACUUUUGCUGCCGUCUCCCCUCCUCCAGCAUCCCGUGACAACGCGGGCCCCCUUCGAGCAUCUUCUGGCGUUAUGGGCAACACUUCGGAGCGCGCGGCCAUCGAGGCCUUGAUCGCGAUGGGCUCCAUGUAGAAAGACACCACCGCCACGACCAAUACCACAUUCGCCUGGAAUCGGCGCUCUCCUCACGCAUCAUCAGGAUAUGAUCGUAAGCGUGGAAUUAUCAACUUUGGAUAAUGAUUGGUGGUUAUUGGAUGUCUUAUCAUUUUGCAAUUUUUAUGGUCAUACCCUCCCCUCCCCCGAUAUCGAUUGCAUUGGGAAGAUCCGUCAAGUGCUGAUGCGAUCCACAAUCUGGGUUACCUGGGUCCUUCUUCAUCGUUGUCAACAGCAUUAUUUCUAUCGAUAUCCCCGGCUAUUUUUUUUUACCAAAUCUCUACUUCAC